AUGGCAGCAGUUUGGCAGCAGGUGUUGGCAGUGGACGCCAGGUACAAUGCUUACCGCACGCCCACCUUCCCGCAGUUCCGAACUCAGUAUAUCCGGCGCCGAAGCCAGCUGCUCCGAGAGAACGCCAAGUGCGGCUUCGAGCCUGGUGUGCGCAGGCACUAUCUAAGGCUGCGCGGGCAGCUUUUAGCUCUGCGCUACGGGCCGCUGUCGGAGCAGAGCAGCUUUCGUGCUAGCAGCGUGCGCAGCUCCCGCACUACGCUGGACCGCAUGGAGGACUUUGAGGAGGACCCUCGCGCCCAGGGUGCUCGGGGGCACCGGCGCUCCGUCAGCAGAGGCUCCUACCAGCUUCAGGCGCAGAUGAACAGAGCCGUCUACGAUGAAAGACCUCCGGGCAGUUUGGUGCCCACCUCAGUGGCGGAAGCCAGUCGAGCCAUGGCCGGGGAUACGAGUUUGAGUGAAAACUAUGCUUUCGCUGGAAUGUAUCACAUAUUUGACCAGCAUGUCGAUUAUGCAGUUCGACGCUUGCAGUUCGCUAACGACGAUAAGCAUCUCCUGGCUUGCUGCUCACUGGAUGCCACCUUGUCCAUUAUGAGCCUGUCGCCACCACCUGCCAGUGUCAAGGUGGUCCUGAAGGGCCACGGGGGCCCCGUCAGCGACUUCGCUUGGUCCCUCAGCAACGACGUCAUCGUGUCAGCCUCGCUGGACGGGACGCUGCGCAUCUGGAACACCGAGGAUGGGCGUUGCAUCCGCGAGGUCCGAGACCCGGAAUCCAGCGAGCUGCUCUGCUGCACAUUCCAGCCCAUGAAUAACAACCUCACCGUGGUGGGCAACAGUAAGCACCACUUGCACGUGGUGAACAUCUCCACGGGCAAGAAGGUGAAGGGCGGCUCCAGCAAACUGACUGGCCGCGUCUUGUCGCUCUCCUUUGACUCUCCGGGAAGGAUUCUGUGGGCGGGCGACGACAGGGGCAGCAUCUUCUCGUUCCUCUUCGACAUGGCCACAGGGAAACUGACCAAAGCCAAGCGUUUGGUGGUGAGCGAAGGCAGCUCCAUCUGCAGCAUCUCGGCUCGGUCCUGGAUCAGCCGAGAGGCACGAGACCCCUCGCUGCUGGUUAACGCUUGCGUCAACAAGCUGCUGCUCUAUAGGGUGGUGGACAACGAAGGCGGGCUCCAGCUGAAGAGAAGCUUCCCCAUCCAGCACGGCUCACAGCCGGUCCACAGCAUCUUCUGCCCGCUUAUGUCCUUCAGACAGGGCGCGUGUGUGGUGACGGGCAGCGAGGAUGCCUGCGUGUACUUCUUCGACGUGGAACGCAACACCAAGGCCAUCGUCAACAAGCUGCAGGGUCACGGCGGGCCCGUGCUGGACGUCAGCUUCAACUGCGACGAGAGUCUGCUGGCCUCAGCGGACUCCACCGGCAUGGUCAUCAUCUGGAGACGGGAGCAAAAGUAA